AUGUCGUUACAUGAAGGAGGUUACAUUUCAGAAAAAACAAGCGCCAAAAUGAUGCAUUUCAAAGAUGAGAUAAAUACAAAAACACGUGCUUUUUAUUCUGCCUGUAAGAAUGGAAAUACAGAUUUGUGCCGAUAUCUCCUCGAUCGCGAUCCACACAUUCUUAAUCAAGUAGAUGAUGAUGGAUGGAAUGCCGCAUCAUGUGCAGCACAAGGAGGAAAUGUUGAAAUUUUAGAACUUCUGGCACAAAAAGGCGUCGAUAUAACAUUAAAAACUAAUGUAGGCGGUAAUAUUCUUCACAUUGCUUGUAUUAAUUCCCGAUUAGAAAUGUGCCAAUAUAUCAUCCAACAUUAUCCAGACAUGCUAAAUCAAGUAGAUAAUAAUGGAUGGAAUGCCGCAUCAUGUGCAGCACAAGGAGGAAAUGUUGAAAUUUUAGAACUUCUGGCACAAAAAGGCGUCGAUAUAACAUUAAAAACUAAUGUAGGCGGUAAUAUUCUUCACAUUGCUUGUAUUAAUUCCCGAUUAGAAAUGUGCCAAUAUAUCAUCCAACAUUAUCCAGACAUGCUAAAUCAAGUAGAUAAUAAUGGAUGUAAUGCCGCAUUAUGUGCAGUACAAGGAGGAAAUGUUGAAAUUUUAGAACUUCUGGCACAAAAAGGCGUCGAUAUAGCAUUAAAAACUAAUGUAGGCGGUAAUAUUCUUCACAUUGCUUGUAUUAAUUCCCGAUUAGAAAUGUGCCAAUAUAUCAUCCAACAUUAUCCAGACAUGCUAAAUCAAGUAGAUAAUAAUGGAUGGAAUGCCGCAUUAUGUGCAGUACAAGGAGGAAAUGCUGAAAUUUUAGAACUUCUGGCACAAAAAGGCGUCGAUAUAACAUUAAAAACUAAUGCAGGCGGUAAUAUUCUUCACAUUGCUUGUGUUAAUUGCCGAUUAGAAAUGUGCCAAUAUAUCAUCCAACAUUAUCCAGACAUGCUAAAUCAAGUAGGUUAUAAUGGAUGUAAUGCCGCAUCAUGUGCAGCACAAGGAGGAAAUGUUGAAAUUUUAGAACUUCUGGCACAAAAAGGCGUCGAUAUAACAUUAAAAACUAAUGCAGGCGGUAAUAUUCUUCACAUUGCUUGUGUUAAUUGCCGAUUAGAAAUGUGCCAAUAUAUCAUCCAACAUUAUCCAGACAUGCUAAAUCAAGUAGAUAAUAAUGGAUGGAAUGCCGCAUUAUGUGCAGUACAAGGAGGAAAUGCUGAAAUUUUAGAACUUCUGGCACAAAAAGGCGUCGAUAUAACAUUAAAAACUAAUGCAGGCGGUAAUAUUCUUCACAUUGCUUGUGUUAAUUGCCGAUUAGAAAUGUGCCAAUAUAUCAUCCAACAUUAUCCAGACAUGCUAAAUCAAGUAGAUAAUAAUGGAUGUAAUGCCGCAUUAUGUGCAGUACAAGGAGGAAAUGUUGAAAUUUUAGAACUUCUGGCACAAAAAGGCGUCGAUAUAACAUUAAAAACUAAUGUAGGCGGUAAUAUUCUUCACAUUGCUUGUAUUAAUUCCCGAUUAGAAAUGUGCCAAUAUAUCAUCCAACAUUAUCCAGACAUGCUAAAUCAAGUAGAUAAUAAUGGAUGGAAUGCCGCAUUAUGUGCAGUACAAGGAGGAAAUGCUGAAAUUUUAGAACUUCUGGCACAAAAAGGCGUCGAUAUAACAUUAAAAACUAAUGCAGGCGGUAAUAUUCUUCACAUUGCUUGUAUUAAUUCCCGAUUAGAAAUGUGCCAAUAUAUCAUCCAACAUUAUCCAGACAUGCUUAAUCAAGUAGAUAAUGAUGGAUGUAAUGCCGCAUCAUGUGCAGCACAAGGAGGAAAUGUUGAAAUUUUAGAACUUCUGGCACAAAAAGGCGUCGAUAUAACAUUAAAAAUUAAUGUAGGCGGUAAUAUUCUUCAGAUUGCUUGUAUUAAUUCCCGAUUAGAAAUGUGCCAAUAUAUCAUCCAACAUUAUCCAGACAUGCUUAAUCAAGUAGAUAAUAAUGGAUGGAAUGCCGCAUUAUGUGCAGUACAAGGAGGAAAUGCUGAAAUUUUAGAACUUCUGGCACAAAAAGGCGUCGAUAUGACAUUUAAAACUAAGAAAGGCAGUAAUAUUCUUCACAUUGCUUGCAUUAAUUCUAAAUCAGAAAUGUGCCAAUAUAUCAUCCAACAUUAUCCAGACAUGCUUAAUCAAGUGAAUAAUGAUGGAUGGUAUGUCGCAUUAUAUGUAGCACAAGGAGGAAAUGUUGAAAUUUUAGAACUUCUGGCACAAAAAGGCGUCGAUAUAACAUUAAAAAAUAAUGUAGGCGGUAAUAUUCUUCACAUUGCUUGUGUUAAUUCCCGAUUAGAAAUGUGCCAAUAUAUCAUCCAACAUUAUCCAGACAUGCUAAAUCAAGUAAAUAAUAAUGGAUCGAAUGUCGCAUUAUGUGCAGUACAAGGAGGAAAUGUUGAAAUUUUAGAACUUCUGGCACAAAAAGGCGUCGAUAUAACAUUAAAAAAUAAGGCUGGCCAAAAUAUUCUUCAUAUUGCUUGUGUUAAUUGCCGAUUAGAAAUGUGCCAAUAUAUCAUCCAACAUUAUCCAGACAUGCUUAAUCAAGUAGAUAAUAAUGGAUGGAAUGUCGCAUUAUAUGCAGCACAAGGAGGAAAUGUUGAAAUUUUAGAACUUCUGGCACAAAAAGGCGUCGAUAUAACAUUAAAAACUAAUGUAGGCGGUAAUAUUCUUCACAUUGCUUGUGCUACUUGCCGAUUAGAAAUGUGCCAAUAUAUCAUCCAACAUUAUCCAGACAUGCUUAAUCAAGUAGAUAAUAUUGGAUGGAAUGCCGCAUUACAUGCAGCACAAGGAGGAAAUGCUGAAAUUUUAGAACUUCUGGCACAAAAAGGCGUCGAUAUGACAUUUAAAACUAAGAAAGGCAGUAAUAUUCUUCACAUUGCUUGUAUUAAUUCUAAAUCAGAAAUGUGCCAAUAUAUCAUCCAGCAUUAUCCAGACAUGCUUAAUCAGGUCAAUAAUGAUGGAUGGAAUGCCGCAUUAUGUGCAGCACAAGGAGGAAAUGUUGGAAUUUUAGAACUUCUUGCAGAGAAAGGUGUCCAACUGGCUUAG